AUGGAGACCGAGAAAAAUCAAACUGAAAUCCCUUCGAAACCGGCCGUGAGUUCAUGUAGGAAGAAGGUGAAAGAUGAUGCUACUUUCUUUGAGGACGUGAAGGAUCACAUUGAUGAGUUCAUACAUGCCUCAAUGGACGAACACAAGACUUGUUUCCAAAAGACCAUCCAGAAGAUGUUCGGAUUAUCGAAGGCUGUGGCAGAGAAGCAAGCCGAGGAAGCUAAGGGAGUCGAGAGUCAGUUACCUCUUCAAACAACAGUGGUGGAGUAA